CUGGAGCUGACCCUGGAUAUAUUCAUAAAUUUUCAUCCCUUUCUAGAGAGACUCCAUGAGGCCACCACCUAACAGUUACAGUAUGAUGUAAAAUUAUCCCACUGGGACCCUUUACCAAAUCACCUGUACUUCCCUCGACAGUGAUGCACUCUGGGAGGAUGGGGGCAUCAAAUGCGUCCACAACCUCAGAUUUCACCCUCGUGGGGCUCUUCAGCUACACAGGGCCCCAUCUCACCCUCUUCUUCCUCGUGGCCACCAUGUUCACCGCAGGACUGCUGGGCAACACCAUCCUGAUUCUCCUGAUUGCCACAGACUCCAGACUCCACACACCCAUGUACUUCCUGCUCAGCCAACUCUCACUUCUGGAUGUUGGCUUCCCGCUGGUCACCAUCCCCAAGAUGGUGGCUGACUUCCUGCAGGGAGAGAACACCAUAACCUUGUGGGGAUGCGCCACCCAGAUGUUCUUCCUCAUGCUCAUGGGUGUCUCUGAGGGUGUCCUUCUAUCCCUCAUGUCUUAUGACCGCUACGUGGCUGUGUGCCACCCCCUGCAUUACCAGGUGCUCAUGAGAGGCCAGGUGUGUGUGGUGAUGGUGGGCGCAUCCUGGUUCUCGGGUGCACUUGUGGCCUCCAUCCAGACCUCCAUCACCCUGCAGUUCCCCUACUGCGCCUCACACACCGUGGACCACUUCUGCGAGCUGCCAGCCCUCCUCAAGCUGUCGUGUGCAGACACGUCCGCCUAUGAGUUGGCGCUGUCUGUCUCCGGGGUGUUGAUCUUACUGCUGCCAUUGUCGCUCAUCUUCACCUCCUACGGCCACGUUCUGGGGGCCGUGCUGCGCAUGCACUCAGCCGAAGCGAGACACAAGGCCUUCACCACGUGCUCCUCGCACGUGGCCGUCGUGGGUCUCUUCUAUGGGGCGGCUGUGUUCAUGUACAUGGUCCCGGGCAGCUACCACAGCCCACAACAGGACAAUGUGGUAUCCCUCUUCUACAGCCUCAUCACCCCCACCCUCAACCCCCUCAUCUACAGCCUGAGGAACAGAGAAGUCCGAAUGGCCUUGGUCAAGGCCAUGGGCAGGGCUGACUUCAGGGCCAAGCGGUGAUGUCCUGGGAUGCUGGUUUUCCCAGGAGCUCGUCUCUAAGGCUGGGCAUGCCCACAGUUCACUGCAACUAGCCAGCUGCCUCCUCCAGGGUGCACUUCUCACUUCUGGGUGAACUUGCAGAAAAGUAGGUGUUAUGCCCCACCCAGCUUGGGGUGCAUGCCGGUCAUCUCCGCACCAGCACAGGGGUGCCGAGGCAGGAAGGUUAACUCAACUUUUCAGCCAGCGUUGGAGACAUAGCAAGAAGCUGCCUCAAAAAAAAAAAAAAAAUACAUUUAGGGGAAGGCAGAUGGAUUGGCUGUUUAGAGCACUUGCUGUUCUUCCAAAGGGCCUGCACUGGGUUUCCAGCACCCGCAUCUCACAGCUCACAACUGCCUGUAGCUCCAGCUCCAGGAGA